ACCGCAUAAAAAAUUUUUCUAAGAAAAUAUACACUGUAAUUUAAUAUGCCAUAAAUUUUUCACCGGCUAAGUAUUGAAAUAGUUUAGCACUGUCAUGUAAAUAUUGGAAAAAAUUUUUAAGUAACAUUUUAUUGUUAUUAAUAUAUCUAAAGAUUUUUAUAUCUUGUUAAUUGUUUCUAAAAUAUUUCAAUCAAGAAUGGAGGUAAUGGAAGAAAAAAAAAAUGACUCGAAUGAAAAGCAAGAGAGUGUUUUGAUAUAUCCUCAUCAACCUUCGAUGACAGUUUAUAUUUUGUUGAUAACUGCAGUAUCAAUUAUUAUCAUCGGUGUUUCCGUACGACUGAUUUAUAAAGACAGUUAUUUAAAAGCUUUUAUUGACAACUUGACAACUUUUGUUGUAUGUUUCAUGAUGCUGACCUUAGGAUCUUUAAUGCUACGUACGAUAAAUUUCCUUGCAGAGUUAGAAUAUUUAAAAAGUCACCAUGAUAAUCAAGUGAAGAAAAUAUUUACUAAUACAUUCGAAUUUAAUGUUACCUCAAUAGUCUUUUCCGUUGUUUGUUGUUUAUAUAUUUUGAUGUUUGCUAUAAGAAAAGGUGAUAUUCUGAGUUAUACUCGUGCCUUGGAUUCGACGUCAAAUAUCUUGAUGAUUUUAUUGUCUAUUAUUGUGAGCCAAAGUAUUGGGUUGUUUCGGUGUAAAUUCAACUCUGUUUACACAUCCAGUACAGCUGAAGGAGGAAUUGAUUAUGGGACUGGGAUGGCGCAUAAUUAUUAUUAUGGUUAUUUAAGAAUUAUUUUAUCUUCCGAUGGUGCUAGUAAUCCAGGACUGCGUGCAAAAAUGGAAGUUUAUGAAAGUAAUCAAAGUACAUCGGACGUUCAGAUAAAAAUUCCUGUAAAAAAACUUUUUAUCUUGAUACCAGAGUCUGGACAUAUUCCUCCAGAUCUUAGAGAUGCCUCUAACUAUUGGCUGGAGAGUACAACGAGUCUUGAUAAUGAAGUUCGAGACCGAGCUGGCGUUAAAAAACGUAUUUAUCGUAAUACUGUCUAUAAAAUUCACCCUGGAGGUGAAGGAAAUAAACGUAAGCCUGUUUAUAUUGUUGUUGAAGGAGCAACUCCAGUGUUAACAUUUUAUGAAGUAUUACAACACGCUCAUAAACAUACUGAUACAUAUAAAAAUUAUCGACACCAGAUAAUCGCUGCUUUCUAUAAAACUCUUCAAGAUUUGUUGAAUGAAAAUGCUGAAUCUCGUGAUACUUGUGAAUUAGUUUAUUUUAAAGAUUAUGACGAUGAUGGUAAGAGAGUUAAUAUCGGAGAAAUUUUAUUGGAAAGAAUUCGGAAAGAAGCUCCAAAUUGCUGUUAAAUAACAAAAUUUUAAUUACGGGUAUUUUAAAAUUGACUGUUUCGAGAUUGAUGAAUGACUAGUCGGCCACGAUGCAGGAUUUUAAUUAAACAAAAACAUAUCAUUACGACUAAAUAUACAGAUAUGGAACGCAUGUAUGCUUUUAAUUAUCACUGAGUUGGAAAUUUUUUUAAUUAAAAUUAAAUUAUUAAAAAAAAAUAUCAAUUAGUUCUUUUAAUGAACAUGAACGUAAUUUUAGAAUGAUAAAUGAUAAUCUGAAAAAAAAAAAUGUUUUGUAAAUGCGUAAAAUAAUAUUGUGAUGUUAAUGAUAAUUAAUGUAAAAUUAUUAUGUAAUUUGUUGUAGCUAAAAUGAUCAUGGUAUUGAUAUUUUGUUCAAUUAAAAAUGUUAUUUUGUUAAGUACACGGAAAAAACAAGAUGACACUGGAUAUCAUCCCAGAUUAUACUCAGCGAUAUCUGUGGCAAAAAAAAAAUUUUAUAUAGUAGCCAGAAAAAUUCAGAUUAUACUGUGUGAUAUCCGGAUUAUACUCAGUGUAAUCCAGAUUAUACUCAUUGUAAUCUGGAUUAUACUAGCUACUAUCU